ACACACACACACACACAUCCGGCAAAUAUCCCAAAAAGAGAGUGAGAGUGAGAACAAAGCAAAGAAAGAUAAAAUUGUUUGUUGUUAUUAUUGCCUGCUCAAUGGGAAAAGCCUAAAAACUGUAUAAAGUUGUUAUCUUCUAUAGUAGAAUUCCCUGUAUAAGUGUAUUGGUGUGAUUUUCCCAAUUCUUCGCAUCCAUGUGUCAGUUGUGUUGUGGUGGUAUAUGAGGUCUAAAAGCAAUAUCGAUUUCGUUUGCGCUGCUGCUUAUGCUACUGCGGCCUGCUCAUUUUAUUUUUAAACCCCAAAAAGGAUUGUUCAUCGACAGCAGCAGUUCCAAAACAGUUCGUGGUUGCCUGCCUGCUCAACUCUACCUUUAGCGGACGUGGCCAGUAUCGUUUGUUCAUUUUCUUUGACUGUGCAGCGGAUGACAAAACAUUGGUGAUUGGAAUAAAGCAAAGAAAUAGUCAAAUAUCCAUUGUGUUGGGCCAGGAAUACAUGUCAAUUUUUGCAUAGCUUGGAGAAGAAAACAAUAAAAAAACGCGAUUUUGUCGUUGCCAUGUAAAGCCAAACAAUUGUGGAGACAACCGCCACAUCUAGACAAGACUUUAUACUCCAGGUACUCGAUUGCAGUUGGAUACUUCUAAAAAAAGGCAUACAUUUAUUGUAAAAAACAACACAAACCAUCAAACUCUAUUAUAAGCAGUUCCAAAACAUUGUUCCUGCCGCCUUACCAUAAACGCAAACAAAAGAAAACCCAAUUGAGCGCCAUAAAGGAGCAACCCUCAUUAAUAAUUCUAAGCAUUCGUAAACCCAAAACAAUCUAAACAAAAAGUUAAAGCAGUCCCCCACGCACACACGCACACACACUAAACCAGCCCAGUUCCAGACCAACCCCAACAAACGUUAAACCGUCCGUCCGGUGACAAUACCAACGUAUAACCAACCCAACUUUUAAAUGCAUUCAUAAGCCUAGAAUUUUGAAAUUCUUUUUGAAAAAGUUUACAAAACACAAUAAAAUGGAUACCUCUAGUAGGACAACACCUGUAACGCCGGACACAUGCACGGCCAGCACCUCCACUUCGUCAUCGACCACCUCGUCGGCGCCUCAGUACAGCGAUGAGAUGAGAAGGCCAUUGCACAACUUAGAUCUCUUGCCGCGACAGGGCAGUGGCUCAUCCACGAAAACCUGUGAAGUGGAUUUGGGCGAUGAGGAGCGAGAUACCUUUUCGCCGGUAAGCAGUACCAACAACAGCCCCCAACAGGAGGAUCGCCUGCAUGAGCAUAUAAUGGGCAAUUCGAGUACAUCGCUGUUGAAUGGAGAGCCCAGUUGUUCCACCACCUCAUCCACCUGCAAAGAUUACAAACAACCAUUUGGCGAUAUGCAUGGCGCAGGUUCCCCUUUGAAACUGAAAAUUGUCAAUUCACUGUCGAACAACAUGCUGCAGCAACCUGCCCCCUCUUCCAAGGAGGAAAAGCAAAGGCAAAAUGAGGAAAUAGUCAUAUUGGAGACUUCUUCAAUAUCAUCCGAGACUGGUUCUUGGGAUUCCGUAUUUCCUCAUGCACAAAAUCCAGCUCCCUCACGACCCCCUGUCCCAGUGCCCCAAGCCGAUGUGGACUUGAGCAACUAUUGUGUGGGCUUUUUGGAAAAGAAUCUGAGUUUGAAUGCCUCUCCAGGCAAUAAACUAAAAUUGUCCAAAGAUAAAGAGGACACCGCCUCUUCAUCCUCCUCCAUAACGACAUUGAAACACAAGGAGCUGGAUUUGGAGCCCUUGGCCAGGGAGAGAACCUAUUCGGCGGGCCACAAUCCCAUGACCGCAGACACAUCUUCGCUAUUCAAAGGAGUCAGUUCUUCUUCGUUGCAUAGGGAACUCCUAAAUAAAUCGGAUAACCCUUUGACUUCGUCUCAGACCAGUGCUUGCUUCAUAGAUGCCUCAUCGCUGUGCGAUGAAGAUGAAGUGCCACCUUAUCCCAAACCAGCGGGUGAUGUGGGAGGAGUGGCCGGUCUCAGCAAGCAGUCCAAAGAAAUGUUGGAGGGGGAGGCUGAUGAUGAAUCGCCCACCAAAAAGUUAGAAACAUUCCAUAAAUCAUUUGCCCGGUGCAAAGUGAAAUCCAAAGAGGAGAUGAUGCCAUCUCCCCCAGCUUCCAUAAACAAUAUUGCCACGGCCACCACCACCAUCCCUUCCUCCAACAGCAACAAUCGACCCAUGUCGUCAAACUCCUCCUGCAGCUCCGAAGAAAACAAUGAUAAACAAACCGAAUCUGUUAGCAAUCUUUCGGAUGAGGAAAAACUUUGGAAGAGAGAUCAUAAACCGCCCUUGGUGGAGGAUGAUAAUGAGGGAGUUAAGUUAUUGGAGAAUCAUAAAAAUCUUUUGGCGGAUGAUGGCACUGAGGCCUCGGUCUCUUUGGCCCAUGAUGUGGACUCAUCGGACUCCUCCGAAUUGUUUCGCAUUAAAAGGGAAAAUGAAAGAAAAUUCCCACAAUACUCAGGUCUACCGCCGGUGGCCUCAAAGCUGCUGAACACACACGGAAGUAUGGUAAAUAGUGGUAAUGGUCACCACCUUCAUCAUCAUCAUCAUCAUCACCAACCUAGCCACAGCCACAAUACAGCCAAUCACAGUGAUGUCAGCUAUACCACGGAUUACUCUUCGUCUAGUCCAGCGCCUAGUUUACAAUGGUCAGAGCAUGAGCACAGGCCUAGUCAUAACCAAAAACUGCAUAUAGAGGAAUACGAUCCCAUGGUUGCCGUUGUCAAAGCCAAAUGUAUGCUUCCGGACACACCGCACAACUCCAUAGUGCACAUAGAGCCCAACUGUUCAUCCAAUACUUCUUCCAUACAUCGCGAUUACACACUUUCCUCCUCGUCGUUUUCACAUCAUCGCGACUCGGGGGCCUAUUGUAGUGAUGCCACUGAUUCGCCCAUACCCAUGCCACGCACCCCCAAACGAUCCAAGUUCGAUGAGGCGAAUCCCAUCAUUUCGGGUGGCUCCCUGAUCUCAGACUUCCAGGUGAAGCCUUGCGAAAGUCCCUCGCUGAAGAGAAAGACCGAUACCUGCCCUAUUGUUUCGGGAGGCUUCACCUCCCUAGACUUCGAACACACUCAACCCAUAGGCGAUGAAGAUGACGAUGGGGAGGCAGUACAGAUACGCAAUAAAUCCAAGGCCAGGAAACCCAUACCAGGCAUUGCCUCCUGGGUGGUGGAUAUGAGUGAUUGCCAGUAUGGAUCGGAACGCCGCCGAAGCACCAGUUCCUCCUCUAGCCUAGAGAUUUCUAAUUCGAAAUUUAGAGAACGCUCUGACUCGAAUAGUUCGCAUAAAAGUGGCUGCGGUUUCUAUGUCUCCCUCGAUGAUAUGGAAAAGAAACCACCAAAAGAGAAAAAGCCCUCGUCGUCGUCGUCGAUUGAUUCACCGCAGAUGAGUAAGUCAUUCAACGCCCCACCUCCCUCGGCCAGGUUCUUUGUUAAUCUUUCAGCCAGCGAAUAUAAACCCAAAGAACAACCCCGUCCCCUUGGCGCAGCGGAGGAGAUCAAGCCGCAAACCAAAGGCGAUGAGGAGACCACUGCGUCAGCAAAUAGCUCACAGAAAAAUCUCUUCAGCAUGUUUAUAGAUAUAGGCAACGGAAACGAUAAGAAGCCCACAAAACCUUUACGCAAAGAACCCUUCAGUCUGGCACAACGACUGAGCACAUCAUUAACGACGACGCAACUAAAGAAAUCGGAAGAAGCACCAGCCAGCAUGAAAUCAGCGGCCAGUUCAACAGAGACUUUAAUGUCGAAAUCAAAUCAGAAUAGAAUGACGGCGACGGCAGCGACGGCCUCAGCUGACAGUUAUGCAGGCAAUCAGGGCGGCGAGAGCAAAUCAUUGGACUAUAAAAUAAAUUUCGAGCCUCCCAUAACGGUGGCGGCCAUUCGCCGCCUUUCCAUGCAGCAGAAGGCCCAGCAUGAGGCAAAUAAACGCCAUUCAUGGGGCAACAACAGCAAUGCCGGGACGGGCAUCGCCAAUGGCAUACCGGACUACAAGCGUUCCAUAAGCCUUACCAAUAAUGGCGACUCCAAAGACUCGGGCAAGGGCCUGAUGAGCAUUAUCGAUAAAUUGCCCAUCAUAUCAAAAACCUCUUCGCUGUCCAUAGACAGUUCCAUUUCACCAUAUGAUGAUUAUACGGGCUCCAAGUCAGAGCUAAGCACCAGCUCCGGCGGUGAAAGGGAGGAUCACGAGCAUGGGCUGCAAAAUCCCCAUCAAACUCGCAUUAAGAAACGACGACGCGACGUUCAACUCAAUGAGACCUUUGAUAAAUCCAGUUUGGCUUCCAUUACCGACGGCAUCUUGUCCAAAGAUCUGUCGCCUCUGUCCACCACAGACACUGAUGACUUGACCUUUCAGCAGGAUGAGGAAAUGGCGGCCCGUGAGGCCGAGGAGGCUAUGGCCCAUCUACAAACCACCCAAUUGCCAUCACAAAAUAUUCCCACCACCUCGGCGGGAGUGGUGGGGUCUGGCAUAUCAUCGGCGCGCAUGUCUAACAUUAUAAUGGAGACCAUUGUGGAGGCCAAGGAGACUGCUUCGCCCAAAAAAGUGGCCCAGAAUGUGAGCAUGGAUUCGCUACAGGCCACCAUUGAAAAGCAGAAGAUGUUAUUGGAGACAGUUACUGAGCAUGCGGAGACCACAAUGACGGGCAACACCUUUGUCAAACUCUCCGAUAUGGAUAAGCCGGUCAAUCUGAAUUUGAAGUCACCCGAGCGCAUGUGUUCCAGCGUGGGUGGGGGUAACAAUCACAGGCAAAUAAAUCGCCUCUAUCGCGAUGACAACAGUCGAGCCAAUCGGCCUCACUCCUGGACCAUGUCGCGCUCCACAGGCAACAGUUUUCAGAAUUUCACCAAUUCGGUGGAGAAUCUAAGAAGUCUCUCAAGGCUCUUUCCCAAUUUCUCCAAGGAAAUCUCCAACUCUCUGCCCAACGAUAUGACCUUGGAUAACCUUGACUAUAUACAAACAGAUCUCAGCAAUGACUCGAGCUUGGCCUCCAGCAUAAGUCGUUCCGGCAUGGAUGAAUCUUCGAUAUCUUGUCGACAACCGCGACGCCUGGGUGAAGACCUCUUGAAGAUGUUUCUGCAGGAAAUAGCCACCGAUAUGAUAGUGGAGGUGCACGGAAGGCGUAUAAAAGCCCAUAAAUGUAUUUUGCGUUCGCGAUGUCAAUAUUUUGCAGCCAUGUUGGCCGGUAAUCAGUCCUCGAGUGUGGUAUCACUGCAGGGCUAUUCCUAUUCGGCGGCCCACUUUGCCUUGUGUCACAUAUAUUCGGGAGCCUCACAUCCUCCGGAUGGCAUUAGCCUCAUGGAGUUGGCUGCAUUGGCAGAUCUAUUGGGCCUGGAGGGCCUCAAAGAGGUGACAGCACAUGCCUUGAAAACCAAUUAUUGCCAUAAUUUCCAUAAGCCCUGCUCGGGAUGCAUUGAUGGCACACUGCAAGUAUUGCCGGUGGCCUUGAAUCAUGCUCUGGACGAUUUGUAUCGCAAGUGUUUGAAAUGGACCUGUCGUCACUACAUGAAGGUGUGGCCCACAAGACAAUUUGCUCAAUUGCCUUCGGAUAUUUUGGGCAGAUGUCGGCAACAGAUAGUGGCCAAUUUGACCUCCGAAUCGGUUUUGAACACAGUCUUGGACUUUGACAACCUUCUGGCCCAACUGGCCACCUAUCGCUGGGGUGGAGUUUGCGAGAACUUGGUGCGCAACAUUCUGGAUGCGGCCUAUGGCUAUAUAGCCGACCACUUUGCUAGUUUAAUUGCCAGCGAUUCUUUCCUCUCCCUGGGCCAUGAUCGCAGUUGCCAAAUACCCCAUCUAGAGGGUGUCCUACUACGUACCGCCUCCAAUUUAACACCAGAUCAAGCAUGUCGUAGUUAUCAGAGGAUAACACGCCUUAACACUGUGCUACAAGCCAAAGUUAUACAAAUGCCUGCGGGCUUAGGAGAACUGGCCAAAGAACUACAGGGUCUUCAGGAGGAAGAUCUUGACUGGGAUACGGAGUAUAUACGUUUAGUUAGUUCGAUACUGUCGGCCGUGGAGCAAUGCCUUAUAAGGCAAUGUUCGCGUGCCAUGCGUGUAACCGCUUGGCAGCGCAUGGAUUUGGAUUUGCGCAAGAAAAUACAAACGCUGGCCCGUCUAACGGAGCCAUUGGAUCUCAAACGUGGCAAACCCGUUUCAAAGGCCUUCUCAUUUGGAGGCAGUACCAGAAAUCAAGACUUGCAACAAGUCAAAGCGGUCAUACAGGCACACUCAAAACGCACCCUGGCCCAGGACACUCAAUUGUUUAAGGCCACACAGACCACACACGAUGCGGUGCAGACCACGGAACGCGGUGUACAAGCCAAUCAUGAUUUGAGAGAGGGAACAAGUCGAGUUUUGAAAUCCAAUUCACGAGCUCAUGUUCCUCAAGCAUUUAAGGGCAUCUCUCAAAGUGCCGUCACCUCAGAACGUAACAGUGCCAAUGUUGCAGCUGGCACAGCAGCAGCAGCAUCAUCAUCGACAGCAGCAGCAACCCAUCAUCGUCGUACCAAAUCCGAGGCUCCAACGACUGCUAGCCAUAAAUCUAGCGAACCAAAGAAACAUGUGGAAGCUAAAACCACAAACGAUGCGGAAAAGAAAUUCAAAGUGCAUCCCAUUAAAUUGGCCGAGGUUAGGCCACGCUAUUUGGAACCCAAAAAAAUUCACACGGCCACAACUAAUGUUCAUGGCUUGGGCAAUGGCCCGAUACGAAGUAGUACCAGCUCCAGCAUACCCGCCAAUUUGGCUAAGAAACAAAACUAUCAGCAAUCGUCUAGUGAAAGUUCACGUCAUUCUAGUCCAGCGACGCGUAAACAUCUCAAUGGCAAAGUUGCCACAAUCAAAUCAACCAAUAAUAUGUCCCUGGACAGCUUGACCUCGGGCAAUCGCACGGCGAGGUGUAAAACCAACAAGUCUUCCGACAAUGAACGUUUCUCUGACCUAUGUGUGGACUCUAUGAAUGAGAGCCUGAAGAGUUCAGUGAUAACCAACAAAUCAGCAUCCCGGGAAUCUUUGCUCUCCAAUCGACUGGGAAGAUCGACAAAGCUUAAGAGUGAAACCUUGAAUGCUGCCAACGGCAAGGGGCGAACAAAUGGCACCAUUAGGCCAGUGAGACCCACAAGCCUGGGUCCUAGAGCGCCCAAGUAUUUGCAGCAAAAGGUAACCUCCACCGGUUCCAGUCCCUCCUCGGUAACCACAACCAAAUCAGCCACUAGUCGUCUAUCAUCGGUCUCCUCCACACAAUCGUCCAGAGAUUUCUAUAAACGUUCGAUAUCGGUGCCGGGCCAGGCGGUGGGAGAAAACAAUCAGCCCCCCACCAAGCAUAGUUUCCUCUCGGCCAAAUCCCGAGAAAUUCUGGCGCGGCGAGCCGAAAAAGAAAAGAACAAACAACAGCAGGAACAAAUGAAGCACUCACAACCCGAGCGCCUGCAUAAGGAUGAGGUGACGUGUAAGUCCAACCUCAGUCUCUCCGGGGGACCUGUUAUGCGUUCUGCCUCCCAUUCUUCGGUUCUAUCAUCGAAUAAUCGCAAUAAUAUGCCACCCUCCAAUAUACCCACAAGAAGACCGAAUUCCUUGCAAUUGAAGAAAACCCACAACAAAACAAACAACAGCAACAGCAACAAUUAUCGAAAUCACAAGUCCUCCUCUGCUGCUCUGCAUACCAAUUCCAAUGAGAUCUAUCAAACGGCCCAGGCGGUAAAGCAAAAAAUCGAACUGCUUAUCAAGACUUCGGCAGCGACAAAGGCCAUCGGCAGCGGCAACAACGUUGAUGAUGCUCGCCCCACAAUUGUGGUGGAAUCCAAAUUGGAACGUUCGAGCACAUUCUGCAAAGAUGCAGCCGAAGUGGCCGAUAUAAAUGAAUUGCAAAUUAUCGAAUAAAUACAGAGUCACACUGAAUGCUGCCAAUGUGUGCCAAGGGUGAUGCAGAGAGACAUAGGGGGCAAUUAACCAACAAGGCGCUGCGAUGCUGGCGUGGGGAAAACCUUACACACUUGCGUUUGUCGAUGGGAACUCUAAAAUUAUACGAGGUAUGUGAUGGCUAUGUGAUUUUAUGCAGAUAUUUUUAUAAACACCAGGAAACAUGCUGAGCCCCUUAUCUUUGUUGUGGUCAAGUUUUGUCAGCAAAGGGUGGUUUUGCUAAAGGUACUUCAGAUUAUGCCUUCAUUGCCUUCUAGAAAUAG